AUGAACGCGAUUUCGUAUUGUUGUCCUUGUUCUUUUGUAAGCACUAUAUUAUUUGUAAAUUUUAACCAAAUCAUUCAUCCAUGAGAAUUAUUUGAAAGUAAUUUGUCUGAAAACCUUAAAUUUUUUGGUAAAUCGUGUCAAUAAGAUACAAGAAUUAAUUGUCGACGCUGGUUCUAAUCAUAUGUUUAAUCUGGACUCGAGUUGUUUACUUUAAGAUAUCAAAUUCAGUAUAUAGUGUGUGAUUACAAAAGCAGUAGAUAGUUUUAUUGCAAUGUCUGACAGUGGUGAUAGUGAUAUUACUUGGACCUUUUACAAGGACCGCCCGGAAUGGAGCGAUGUUACGCCAGUACCAGAAAACGAUGGUCCCAAACCUGUGGUUGUAAUAGCACAUUCUGAGAAAUUUGAAGAUGUGUAUGACUAUUUCCGAGCUAUUUUGCAAACAAAUGAAAAGUCUGAACGGGCUCUACAUUUGACGAAAGAUGCGGUGGACUUAAACCCAGCAAAUUAUACUGUCUGGCAAUACAGAAGGGAUUUGCUUCAAGCAUUAGGUACUGACUUAAGAUCUGAACUAGAUUAUGUUGAAGCAGUUAUAAAACAAUCGCCUAAAAAUUAUCAAGUAUGGCAUCACAGGCGUGUAUUGGUAGAAUGGCUGCAAGAUUCAGAUUUGGAGUUGGAAUUGACUCGUGAUGCCUUAUUACAAGAUCCUAAAAAUUAUCAUGCAUGGCAACACCGACAAUGGGUAAUCAAGACAUUUGGGUUAUUUGAGAAAGAAAUGGAGUUUGUCGACAACCUUAUUACUGAAGAUGUCCGCAACAAUUCAGCAUGGAAUCAACGCUACUUUGUUAUGAAUAACCAUCUCGGCUGGUCAGAUAUGAAUGUGCAGAAAGAAAUACGUUAUACAUUAGAAAAGAUUAAUUUUGUGAAAAACAAUGAAAGUGCAUGGAAUUAUUUACGAGGUGUUUUAUUGCACGACGCAAAAGGAUUAAGUGGUAAUACUGAAGUUACAUCGUUUUGUGAAGAAUUGUACUCUAACAAAUGUCGUUCACCGUACUUACUGGCAUUUUUGAUAGAUAUAUGUGAUGAAGCAAUUAAAAAAGGAGAAAUAAAUUCUUUGUAUAAUGCUGAAAAAGCUUUAAAUCUUUGUCAAGCAUUAGCAACUAAGUACGACAAAAUCAGAAGCAAGUAUUGGAAUUUUAUAGCAGAAAAGUUUCGAAAAUAUCAAUCUAAUUAAAAUUAAAUUGGAUCAAAUAAACAUGGAUAGAUAU